AUCUUUAAACUUUCAAUCAACUGAUUUAAACAAAUCUCAACUAUAUAUAUAUAUACUGUUUAUAAAAAUUUUGCUCAAAACUAUACUCUCAUCAGUGUCUCAAUAGCUCAGUCCUAAAAAGCAUAUAUCGUCUAAUAAUGUCAACCGAGACAACCAACACUAAUAAUCAUCGUCGGUCGAGACCAUCACCGGGUCUUAUAGCUAUCAAAUGUUUAGUGAUAUUGUAUGAUGUGAUCACAUUUCCCAUCUAUUAUCUGAUCCAACGGCCGUGGAUUCGACUACGAAAGGCCAACAGAGUUCGAUCCGAACGGGAAGACCCAAAUGAUUUACAUUCGCCGUACGUGAGAACUGGCCAACGAGUCGAGCAUUAUGUGACCAAAUGUCAGACAAUACCCGAAGCUCAGAGAAUGUCACUCGAAAAGAACGGCAGAAACCGACCGGCACUUGGAUUUCGGGAAAUCCUCGGCGAAGAAGGCGAACGACAAUCCAACGGUAAAGUGUUUAUGAAAUGGCGACUAACAGACUAUCAAUGGUUGACCAUCGGUGAUGUGGACGACCAAAUUGGUGAUAUCGCUCGUGGAUUGUUGACCAAUGGUGUCAAACCAAAAGAUACUGUUCUCAUUCUGGCUGACACUCGUCUCGAAUGGUUUUUAAGCGCUCAGGCAAUCGUACGAAUCGGUGCCUCAAUUGCCACACUUUACGUCUCGCUGGGAGACGACGGUCUCAUUCAUGGCAUCAAUGAAACGGAAGUGAAACACAUUAUCACAACACAGGAUAUGUUAGCAAAGUUGGCUAAAAUGAAGACUAAGAUACCAUUAGUUAAUACCGUUAUAUAUAUUGAGGGACCCAAAGCUCUUAACGGUAUCGACUUCGGCGACGAUAUCAAACUGGUGCCAUUCAAAGAGAUGGUCAGUCAGGGACAGGCAGCACCUAAAUCAUUGGUUGGUGUCGAUCCAACACCUGAUGAUGUGGCGGUUAUUUUGUAUACGUCUGGAUCAACGGGAACGCCUAAAGGUGUAGUGUUAACACAUAAGAACUUUAUGGCUUCUGUAUCUUCAGUGUUGACUAUAUUAGACCACAAAAUCAUCCGAAAUGCAGACAAACACCGAUUCAUGGCUUACCUACCAUUAGCUCAUUCCCUAGAGUUUUGUGCCGAAACUUUCUUUUUCUCUGUCGGUGUCCGCAUGGGUUACGGUACGGCCAACACACUGAUGGAUUCGGGAACUGCUAUCAGAAGAGGUGAUAAAGGAGAUCUCACUUUACUUAAGCCUACUAUUAUGCCGUCCGUACCCUUAAUUCUGGAUCGCAUACGAAAGGGUGUGUUUGAAGUAAUGGAAAAGAGGGGUCAAUUCACCAAAGAAUUGUUCAACUAUGCACUCAAUUAUAAAGCCUAUUGGCGACUAAGAGGAAUGGAUACACCAAUUGUAAAUAAAUUAUUUUGUAGUAAAGUACGAGCACAGGUAGGUGGCGAAUUGGACAUUAUGAUUGUCGGCGGAGCACCACUCAGUCCAGAGACGCAGAAGAUAAUGCAGGCGGCGCUCAAUUGUAAACUAUUACAGGGAUUUGGUUCAACAGAGACAUCCGCCGCUUCCAUUAUUAUGGACUUUGACGACAUGAGCUACGGAAAGGUUGGAGCGCCACUGUUUGGCAUCAAAACCAAAAUGAUUGAUUGGCCAGAGGGUGGCUAUCGUGUUACCGAUAAGCCUUAUCCAAGAGGAGAGCUCAUCAUAGGAGGUGAUCACAUCGCCACAGGAUAUUAUAAAUUAGACAAACAAACUGAAGAAGAGUUUGAGGACAAAGAUGGCUUACGUUGGUUCACAAUGGGUGACAUCGCAGAAGUGGAUGAAAAGGGUGUCUUCAAGAUUAUCGAUCGCAAGAAAGAUCUCGUGAAGUUGCAGUUUGGAGAGUAUAUCUCAUUAGGAAAGGUUGAGGCUGAGCUCAAAAAUAGCCGUCUCGUGGACAAUGUCUGUGUUUACGGCGAUUCAAUGCACAGCAAUUUAGUGGCACUUGUAUUGCCAAACGCAAAGUCGGUGCGCAAACUUGCACAGGAACUGGAUCUCAAUCAGCUCAACGAUAAGCCCUUACCGGAGCUGUACGACGAUCGGCGUGUAAUGGACGCAGUGCUCAAAGAGCUGAUCCAGUUUGCCGUCGAUUCGCGUCUUCACAAAAUGGAAAUACCGACAAAAGUCAAGUUAGUUUCGGAAGAGUGGACGCCGGCCAAUGAUCUGAUUACGGCUGCACUGAAACUCAAACGAAAAAAUAUACAAAAUUUUUAUCAGAAAGACAUCGACGCCAUGUAUGGCAAGUCAUCGCCGGUUAGCAAUAAUAAUCACAUUAACAACAAUAAUAAUGUCAACAAAAAUCAUAUCAAUAUUAAUAAUAAUAAUCGCAUUAUUGCCGUCAAUUAAAUAAGCGGCUGUUGAUUAAGUUUUUAGUUAAUUUUAUUUUUAAUCAGUUUUUAAUUUUUAAUUGUUUGUAUAAAUAGCCGUUUUUUAAAAAAAAUGUAACUAUUUGCUCAUUUAUAUAACGUUUAUGAGCCGUAAACUGAUUUUUAUUAUUAAAUUAAUUUAAUUUUUAUGGCUCACUCGUUUGUUAUACUAAUAAUAAUAAUAAUAAUAAUAAUUCAUUGAUUUUGUAUAUCAUUUGACAUGUUUUUAUAUAUUGGGGGGUAAUAUUAAUUCGAGUUUUA